AUGUAUUCAAAUAUAAAAUCAUUUCAAGUGAAAUUAAAAUUAUUACACAAACAUAUUAAUGAACAGCACUUGGAUCAUUUCGUAUGUUGUAAAAUUGUAUUAGAAUCAACCAAAUCAACUUUUAAUUGGGAAACUACAAAAAUUAUUUUUUUAAAUAUAAUUGAAAACCUACAAAAUGAAUUUUCAAUACGAUUUUCUGAUUUUUACUUACAAGAGAAUAAAAUCAAAUUGUUUCAAAACCCUUUUUCUGUCGACAUUGUCGAUGUUGAAUCUAAUUUACAGAUGGAAGUCAUAGAAUUGCAAAACAACAAUAUUCUUAAAAAUGCUUUUAAAGAAAGUAAUGACCUAAAAAUAUUUUAUUCAAGUCUUUCUGAAAUAGAUUUUAAAGGCAUUAAAAGUUUUGCUAAAAAAAUUAUUACUGCUUUUGGUAGCACAAAUAUUUGUGAGCAGACAUUCUCAAUACUUAAAUUUCGAAAAAAUAAAUAUUGUUCACGAUUAAGCGAUGAACACUUGAAUGCUGUUUUAAGGAUAUCAACAUCCAAUAUAAAAGAGGAUAUAAAUGAAUUGGCGGGAAAAAUUCAACCUCAAAAAUCACACUCAUUUAUAGUAACUUAA